CCACAGUAUCAGAGAAAAGCUUGUACACAGAGUAAAUGCGGCGCAUAUGCAGCGAUAUAGGAGCAUAUAUACACGGCAAUCACUGCCAUUUCACACUUCCUCAUUCAACCAAUGAGAUGCCCUACCUCCCAACCUGGCGCCUCAGUGCAAGCUGCAAGCUGAAAUGGCUUCUUCGACCCAAUCCCACUUUGAUCACCACGAGAUUUCGCUCAGAAGGAUUUCGCAAAAAGCCCUGGCAGCCCAUGAAGAAGCCCACGUCAGAUGAGAUGCAACGCGUCUACCUGGCCUAUCGCGACUACAUCCCAAAGAAAGGGCCCCUUAUCUUCAAGAGAGAUGUCAUCAAGGAGCUGCAGCGAUGGGCCGAGGUGAUGAAGUCUGUUCAAGACAUCAAUGAGACUCGUGAAGACCGGGUCGCCAUUAUAGUGCGUCGGCUUCUGAAGCAGGGUGUGUUCCAAUCCGAGGAGAAGGCUAGAGCCAUGUUUCCCCAAGCAUUUAAGACUUUUUCUGAACUCGGGGGGAGCGAGGAAAGCAAUGCCACGUCGACAUCCAAGCCAGGACAAGAUGUAUCUCGGAACUCGCAAAAGCCUGAAAAAGGACGGCCUGGAUGCAAUUACACCUACUCUGAAUCGCCUUCGCCGCCCAACACGAAACCAUUAUCUGAAUCCGGGCCAGCCUCAACCAGUCGCGAUCCAGAUCAGGUCUCAAGAGUGCCCUUCAGACGGCAUCUGAGAACAACAGUUCAUGCAUCGCCGAGGUGGAUGCUGGCAAAAAACUACUCAUCGAGGGACCCAGGAAACGCCGAGCGGAAGUUGGUUUGGCCAUUGCGACCACCCGGCAAAACUUCGCAUAGGACGUGACUCGAUCAUUUGACAAGCUGGGAAACAUAGCCGUGCGCUGGGUCUAGACGACGCCAUUGGAAAUCGUGAAUGUGCCUGAGGGGGGGUGAGGGUGUGGCCAGCUACGCUGUCUGAUAUGCGCCGCGAUUGGAUCAGUGUUUCACGGUUCAAGAAGCCGAUGAGUGCGGUUCAGUAUUAUAAUCCAGGAUGAAGAUUCAUCAGGCGGCUUUCGAGGGGUUCAAGGGCAAGCUACUGAUCCUCAUUGAAAGGCAGAAGAUAAAUCCGCUGGCUGAGAAGGCGGAAUGCGACAAGAUGUGAAUACUGUCCAAAUGGGAGUAUUGGGCUUAUUGUUUGUGUGCAAUAGCGUUUGCAUUUGAAUCGAAAUAGUCCCUGUCCUUCCCCAAAAUGUCAAAAGAGUGAAUGUAGCCAUAAGGGCCUUAAGGACACAAUGGUAUG